ACCAGGGGAGGGAGGGAGAGCGGAGGUAACUCGCUGCGGAAGGGCAGCUGCUGCUGACAGGUCUGUGGGACGGAGCCACCCGGGCCGCUCUCCAAAACAAGGGGGAAAAUCCCCGCCGCGCUGCGGCUGCAGGGGAAGAGGACGAGGCGGCUGCUCCGCUUCUCAGCCUGGUUUACAUGGCGCCGCGCUGACUCCUGCAAAGGCGGCGGCGAGCGAAGCGAAGCGCAGCGCAAGGCUGAGCUGCUGCCCCGAGCGGGCUCACCCCCUGCCGGAGCACCGGAGCGCGGCCAGCCUGGAGGAGAAGGGGGCCGAGCCGGAAUACGCUCCCGCGUGAGGGUAUUAUUAUUAUUACAUACUGAAAAAAAUACGGCGGUCAGUGAACAAUCAUCCUCUUCGUGCUUUCAUCAUUUCAGCUCUUAAAAUGGCAGAAGAAGAUGCCUAUAUCAUGGGAGUAUCUGAUCAUCAAAUGUUUGCAAUGGAUCAGUUCAUGGGAGUGAAUGCACUAUUUAAUAAUACAGGUUUCAUUACCUCAGAUUUACCACUACGAACAGAACGUAGUUCAGAAUGGACCCACUGUUACAGACAAAGAGAAUAAGCAAAAUGAUGGACCAUACCUUCAAAUUAUAGAACAGCCUAAACAGAGGGGGUUUCGUUUCAGAUAUGUGUGUGAAGGGCCAUCACAUGGUGGACUUCCGGGUGCUUCUAGCGAAAAGAACAAAAAAUCAUACCCUCAGGUCAAAAUCUUCAAUUAUGUUGGGCCUGCAAAAGUAAUUGUCCAGUUAGUCACUAAUGGAAAAAACGUCCACCUGCAUGCCCACAGCUUGGUGGGUAAAUAUUGUGAGGAAGGAGUAUGCACAGUUAAUGCAGGACCUAAGGAUAUGGUAGUAGGGUUUCCAAACCUAGGGAUACUUCAUGUCACAAAGAAGAAAGUGUUUGAAACUCUGGAAGCACGAAUGACAGAUGCCUGUAAAAAAGGAUACAAUCCUGGGCUCCUAGUACAUUCUGAACUCAACUAUAUUCAAGCAGAAGGUGGUGGAGAGAGACAACUAACAGAGAGGGAAAGAGAAAUCAUCCGUCAGGCAGCCGUUCAGCAGACUAAAGAGAUGGACCUCAGCGUGGUACGACUCAUGUUCACAGCCUUCCUCCCCGACAGCACUGGCAGCUUCACAAGAAGACUUGAUCCUGUCAUAUCAGAUGCAAUAUAUGACAGCAAAGCCCCCAAUGCAUCCAAUUUAAAGAUUGUAAGAAUGGACAGAACAGCAGGAUGCGUGACAGGAGGAGAGGAGAUUUACCUUCUUUGUGACAAGGUUCAGAAAGAUGAUAUUCAAAUUCGUUUUUAUGAAGAGGAUGAAAAUGGUGGCGUAUGGGAAGGCUUUGGAGAUUUUUCUCCUACAGAUGUACAUAGGCAGUUUGCUAUUGUAUUCAAAACCCCGAAGUACAGAGAUGUCAAUAUCACAAAACCAGCAUCUGUUUUUGUCCAACUACGGCGGAAAUCCGAUCUGGAAACAAGUGAGCCAAAGCCAUUUCUGUACUACCCAGAAAUCAAAGAUAAAGAAGAAGUUCAGAGGAAGCGACAGAAGCUUAUGCCUAAUUUUUCUGAUGGUUACGGUGGAGGCAGUGGUGCCGGAGGUGGAGGGGGUGGAAUGUAUGGAGGCGGAGGAAGUGGUGCUGGCUCAGGUAAAGAGAAAAGAUUGCUGUUGUUUUUAGGGUUCGGUUACCCCUCCUAUGGGUAUUCUGCUUAUGGAGGCAUGCCUUUCCACCCAGGCACCACAAAGUCUAGUGCUGGAAUGAAACAUGGAAUUUCAAAUGAUAUGGCUGAACAGGAUGGGGAAAGCUGCAACAAGCACGACGACAAACCAGAUAUGAAACAUAACACGACAGUGGAAAUCACAGAGAGGAGGGAUUCCAGAGUUUGUAGUGGUGAUAAUAAGGAGGAGGAUGUUACUUUGUCAUGUACAGCUGGAGUAGCUGAAGCAGAUUGUAGGUUACAGGAUGAUCUGUUCCUGGAGAAGGCAAUGCAGCUUGCUAAACGUCAUGCCAAUGCUCUUUUUGACUACGCUGUAACUGGUGAUGUGAAGAUGCUACUAGCUGUUCAGCGACAUCUUACUGCCGUCCAGGAUGAAAAUGGUGACAAUGUCCUUCACUUAGCAAUUAUCCACCUUCAUUCUGAGCUGGUGAGAAACCUCUUAGAAGUGGUGCUGGAUUUUAAUUUGGAUGACAUCAUCAAUAUGAGAAAUGACCUUUAUCAGGCACCAUUGCACUUGGCAGUUAUCACAAAGCAGGCAGAUGUGGUAGAGGACUUGCUGAGGGCUGGAGCUGAUGUCAGCCUUCUGGAUCGACAUGGCAAUUCUAUCUUGCAUCUAGCUGCCAAAGAAGGAGAUGACAAGGUUUUAAAUAUACUCCUUAAGCAUGAGAAGACAUCUCCAAUGAUCAACUAUUCAAAUGGGGAAGGUCUCAAUGUGAUUCACAUGGCAGUGAUGGCAAAUAGCAUGCCUUGUCUCAGACAGAUGAUUGCUGCUGGAGCUGACGUCAAUGCUCAGGAACAAAAGUCCGGGCGAACAGCGUUGCAUCUGGCUGUCGAACAAGAGAACAUCUCUUUGGCAGGCUGCCUUCUCCUUGAGGGUGAUGCAGAUGUUGACAGUACUACAUAUGAUGGGACAACUCCACUUCACAUAGCAGCUGGAAGGGGGUCUACAAAACUGACAGCUCUUCUCAAAGCAGCAGGUGCAGAUCCUCACAUUGAGAACUUUGAGCCAUUGUUUGACCUAGAAGACGUGAGAGACAAAGACAGUGAAGAUGAAGGAAUCGUACCUGGAACGACACCUUUGGAUAUGGCUUCCAGUUGGGAGGUAUUUGACAUAUUAAAUGGCAAACCCUAUGAAUCAAAGUUGGCUUCUGAUGACUUACUGAUGCAAGGAGAUAUGAAAAAAUUGAAUGAAGACUCCAAGCAGCAGCUUUACAAGUUACUGGAAGUACCAGAUCCAAACAAAAACUGGUCUACACUGGCACAAAAAUUGGGUCUGGGAAUACUUAGUAAUGCCUUCAGGUUGAGUCCUACCCCAGCCAAAACUCUGCUGGAUAACUAUGAGGUUUCUGGUGGUACAGUGAAAGAGUUGGUCGAUGCCUUGAGACUAAUGGAUUACACAGAAGCAAUUGAAAUCAUUCAGAAAGUGCUCUCCAUCCCAUUAAACCAGUCUAGCAAUGAGGAUAAUGCUGUGAAGGCUCCGCCAUCGUCACCAUGUGCCUUCGCCACCAAAGAAGAGACGGGUGAACUUUAUAAUGUAAAAUUGCAAGACAAUGAAAGCAUGUGCGAUAGCGGCGUGGAGACCUCCUUCCGCAGACUUAGCUUCACUUAUUCUGAGUCCCUUAACAGCAAGUCAUCGAUAACACUUAGCAAAAUGGCCCUGGGAUAUGGACAAGAAGACUCAGUUCAAAGCAAAAUGUAACCAGUUAGUAACAUGCAAUUAUAUGAACCAAAAUAACAGUUAAAAAUAUGCCUGUAUAAUUCUCUCCAGCAGAAGUGAUUUUACAGCCAAAAGUGCACUGGAAAAUACCUGUCUGAAGUGUUCAAGAUUUGAAAACAUGACUUAUGAACAUUGCUUCUUUCUUUGUUUAAGUACCUUUAGUUUUGUUCAUUUACAAGCAGUAUAGUGUUACCAGAACCAGUAACCAGUGCCGCAUAGUGCAUAGAACUGGAUGAUGUAACUGAAUGAGUUUUUCUGGUGGCCAGAAUUUUCUAUAUGGGAUGGACGUUGCUACUUCUUGAUAAUGUUGAACACCAACUCACCGUUCAUAAAAGAUGUACUGCACAUAGAGCAAUCAAGGAUGCAUCUUCUAGCAACCCAUUCCCCAGUUAUACAGCACAGCUACAUGGAAAGGGGAGCUCAUACAACUGUUAAAAGAAUUCCCCUGAUGUUAAAGACAAAUUGUGGUUUUCUCAAAGUAGUCGUUGCAAUUUUUAAAAAACUACAAAAAAGCGAUCAUGUAUAUUUCAGUGAAUGUAUUUAAAUUUAACUCUGGUGACUAUAAUCAUUCAAAGCUUUAAAAAGUUUGUCACUUUACUAUUGUAAAUAUUCUUUUUAGAUCAAUUCCUUUU